AUGGGGAUGAUCUGCGUGAACCAGAACGAAGAGGCUAACUUCACCACCAGCACACCGCGCUGUGUGGCUGAUUGGGCUCACACGCAGGAGCAGGUGACCCACGCCUCCUAUCUGUUGGCCGGACUGCUGCUCAUCUCGCUGUUAUGGACGGUCACCUCUCGACGCCAGCGAAAAUCGCUUCGCAAAGGCGAGGUCGGCUUCUCGCUCAAUUGCCGCCGAUGGGCUCGCACGUCUCGCACCGCCGCUAUCAUCAACCGGCCCGUUCAACUACUCGUGUCCUUCGGUAUCUUGGGCCUCACCAUGUCCAGACUCAACUCGUACGACGUCACAGAAUGGUCCUAUUAUACGGUACUAGGACUCUACAUCGUCGCCAUUGUAGACGACGUGGUGCGUUUCCUCGCGUCGCGAUACAAGCUUCUUUUCUGCUUCUCGCCUCUCACGCUAUUGGAACUGCUAUGUCUGGCGUCGAACUUCGGUGUCGGCUUCGGCACAGUGAAAGUUAUUGGCGGCGUACGAACGCGCACAUACUUGGACUUCUCGGUCAUGCGGCCAGUGUUUAUCUUGAGAAGCUACCUGGAGAUGGACAAGAACGUGCCUCGGUCGACAAAAGGCUGGAUGAUGGUCCGCCUCGGUAUCAAGAUCCUGCUGAUGAUCAUGGUUGGCGCGUCCAUCAUGUUUUUCUUCGAGACGCUCGGCGAGAUGCCGUUCUUUACUGGCAACGGCUUCGCUCAUCUCUAUAGCUGCAGCGAUGGCUCUGUCACGAGACACGAAUCUUCCGAGUGCUCCGACUCAACCUGGUCCGUCAUGUUCGCCUUCUACUUCACUGUUGUGACUCUUGGUACGGUUGGUUAUGGCGACAACGCUCCGCAAACAGUACCAAGCCGGCUUUUGGCCAUCAUGUUCAUCGUUAUGGGCAUUAUUCUGUUCUCGAUGGAGAUUGAUAACCUCAUUAGUUUGUACAAGUUGCGUCAAAUUGGAAACCCGCCCUACACACCCAAGCCAGACUCCAAGCAUGUGCUCAUUAUCGGCAAUCCCUCGUUUGCUCAGCUCUCGGCUAUAUUGCGAGAGCUUUUUCACGUCGAUCACAUAAGUGACACCGACACACAGCAGCUCGAAGCUGUUGUACUAGGCGAACAUAAGUCCAAGUUUACGAAGCCUCUCGUCGCAAAGCUGAAGGCAGAUCCUAUUUUCACGUCCCGUGUGACUUACAUUGCUGGCAAUGCUACCCGCUCAGAAGAUCUGGAACGAGCUUUAGCUCGAGAUGCCAGAGCUGUAUUUGUGUUCCCAGACAAGCUCACAGGCGAUGCUGCGACCGAAGAUGCGAUGAAUAUUAUGCGUGUUCUGGCUACUAAACGCUACGUGGGAUCUUCUGUCCGGUUUUUGGUGCUGGUGCUACGUGCUGAGAGUGCUCGACACAUGUUAGCUGCAGGCGUGCAUCCAGACGAUAUUAUCUGCGAAAAUGUCAUCAAGAUGGGGUCGUUGGCUCAAAAUACAGUCUCCAACGGCAUCUCCACGAUGCUAUCGAACCUUGGAUCGAGUCUAUCUGUUGACACGAACAAAUCCAUGGGCCCAGACAUUCUGACAACCGAUGUCGCUGAAAGGGACCUGUCUGAACGCAGCUGGAUCAAGGAGUAUUACGCGGGUGCAGCGAAGGAAAUGUAUCUUAUCCAUCUGUCGAAGGUACGAGCAUACGCUGGCCUAACGUUUUCUCAAGCAGCCACUCGGGUUUUUCGAGAAACCUCAGGCACUGUUCUACUCAUCGGCGUGGAGCCACGAGUGCUGCUAAACCCGGGCGAAAGCUUGCUUAUGACAGAGUGGAUUCAGUGUUAUUGCAUCGCUGAUGACCUUGAUCACGUUUUCAACUAUAAGAUUUGUCCCGAAGAGGUCAGUCUGGAAGAAAUGCGGCGGCCAGGUAGCACGUCUACGUUCAUGAAUCCCAAAGGAGACGUUUUCCAGCCUAUUCUUUCAGCUGACCACAACGACGACGAUCUUCCGUGUGAUGAACUACGAAGCUUGACGGCAUACACGGCGUACAUGACGCCAAACUACGACUCAAUGAAGCACCGUAGUCCGGUACGGUCUCUUGUGCUGGUGCGCCUAGAUCGUUCUCUCGAGAGUAUUGCUCUCAAUUUCAAGAACUCCAACCAAAACAUUACAAGCGGCAAUCCCUACGACAAUCCUCAACUUCGUGCUGCAUUCCACAGCGAAGAUGCAUCCCGGAACUCAGCAGUAUCAAAGACACUCCCCACUCCGUCACUCGACAUUCUACUGCAUCCAAACCAUAUCGUCAUUUGCAGCUUCUUGGGUGAAGACUCGUUGGAAAGCCUGCAAUGGCUAAUUCUUCCACUUCGCAGUCCAUACGCUGUAAACCAUCCCCCAAUUACGAUUUUGGACAGCGCGGAGCCGUCGGAAAUCUUGAUGAGAACGUUGUCUGCCUUCAAAAAUGUGUAUUACGUGCGCGGGAGUCCCCUGGUUUAUUCGGAUUUGCAGCGUGCUGGUGCCAAGGCUGCAGCUGCUGUCGUGGUGCUUGGAAAGCGAACAAAGAACUCGAUAAGCUCCGAAUCUGCCGCGGACGCAGAGUUGGAGUCCAGUAUAGCUGAUGCAGAGGCCAUUUUUGCUACGAUGCUGGUGGAACUCAAGAUGGAUUUCUCGAAGAUCUUCACUGUUACUGAGCUUGCCAAUGAAGUCAACUCCAAAUUCAUGGGUAUGUCCUUCCAGCUCAACCAGCUUCAGCAUUUGUGGGACCAAAUCCUACAACAUGAAGCUCCGGAGCAGAAAUCUGAGAAAGAGAUCUUCGGUCUCCCUCUGUACAUGUCGGGGCGGAUCCUGCACCCUGAGCUGUGUGAAAAUAUGGCUGUGCAGACAUACUUCAACCCCUCAAUUCACAAGAUUGUCCGGCAACUGGUUGGGGGCCCUCGCUGUACCGGAGUGAUUCAUACUUUCUCGAUUCCACUAUCGCUCAGAGAUUGCACGUACGCCAAUGUUUUCCACACGUUUGCCUCUUCGUCGUACUCAGGCAUUUGCAUUGGCAUCUACCGCAUGUCAACUCAAGCAAUGGGAACGUCACACCAAGUGGAACUGCCCAUCGUUAUCACGACACCGAAGGCUGAACUCGAAAUUCUGAGCAGUGAUCGACUUUUUGUUUUGAUCGGAGCUCACACAUUGGAACGUGCAGCUACGAGGAUCCAGAAACGAUAUCGAAAUUACGUCUAG